GCUCCUCACGAUCUGUCAUGGCGAAUGAUGGAGCAGGCGGUCGGGCUUUCGUGUGACUCGGAGCUCUGGCCGUAAGGAACGGAUCGCCGGGCUCCAGGCAGCAGGACACCGAAUCAACCUUCUGAACCUCCUCUGCACUGCCCCCGAGGCUUCUGUCUUUCCUCAAGUAAGGAGACAGGAACUCAUGCAGCACUUGAGAAGGAGCAAGAAGACUGAAGCAGUUUAACAUUGAAGGAGGCCCAAUGUGGAGAGCUGUAGUGACUGGACCUCCUGCACUUCAGAUGACAUCAUGUCUUACUACAAUGACGAGCCUCGAUACACCAUUGAACAAAUUGAUCUCCUCCAACGCCUGCGCCGAUCAGGAAUGACUAAACAUGAAAUAAUUCAUGCACUUGAAACGAUGGAGCGGCUUGACCAGGAACAAAGUGAAAAGUUUGUUAGGCGGCCGAACUACAGUAGUAACUACGGAAACAAUGUUUCUGCAUCCUCUUCGACUGCUUCUGCUGCUACACAGACUCAAAGUAUUGCGCAAUCUCCCUCGCCUAGUAAUAGCUAUGACACAUCACCUCCACCCUACAAUACAAGCCACACUGGACGGGAAAGCAUAGCAAGUGAGAGGCUUGUUGCCAGUGGAACACUAUCUCCGCGGUACCAGAACAGUGGCAGUCAGAGGUCUUAUAGUUUUGACACAGGAGAUGACGAUGCAGACUUGGAAGAGAAGGUGGAGGAGUACAUGAGAAGAGACAGCAAUGCAGUAAAAGAAGAAAUCAAAGCAUUUUUAGCCAAUCGGAGGAUUUCUCAGGCUGUAGUUGGGCAAGUCACAGGUAUUAGCCAAAGUUAUAUAUCUCAGUGGCUAUUACAGCAGGGUCUUGAUAUGAGUGAGCCCAAGAAGAGAGCAUUUUAUCGGUGGUAUCUUCUAGAAAAAAAUAGUCCAGGUGCUACUUUAAGUAUGAGGCCAGUUUCAACCACAACAACAGAAGAUCCUGAGUGGCGAUCAAACGUCAGUCCAGUGACCGGAAACUUUCGUCUCAGAAGAGGAAGUAGAUUUACCUGGCGUAAAGAGUGCCUGUCUGUCAUGGAAAGUUAUUUUGGUGAAAAUCAGUAUCCUGAUGAGGCAAAGCGUGAGGAAAUUGCAAACGCUUGCAAUACAGUCAUACAGAAACCAGGUAAAAAACUUUCAGAAUUUGAACGAGUUACUCCUCUGAAAGUGUAUAACUGGUUUGCCAAUCGUCGGAAGGAGAUGAAGAGAAGAGCAAACAUAGAAGCAGCAAUCCUGGAGAGUCACGGGAUUGACGUGCAGAGUCCUGGUGGACAUUCCAAUAGUGAUGACAUUGAAGUCAACGACUACUGUGAGCAAGAUGAAAAUACUUGUCAUAGUGACCAUCAGCAAGAUCCCAUCUCAUUGGCUGUCGAAAUGGCAGCUGUCAAUCAUUCAGUCCUAGCUUUGGCCGGCCAGGGUGGAAGCGAGAUCAAGACAGAAGCAAUCGACGAUGAUUGAACGUAAGGCUGAAGGCAAUCAGGAUUAUAUAAUGUUAUAGACUAUAGCCACCUUCUUCCCUGUUAUAUGUACUGUUCUGCAACAGACUAUUAGAUGUAUAUUUAUCAUUUGUUUGUCGCUGUCUGUUAAAUUGAAAGAAAAGUUCUCAUUUUUUAUAGCUGCCAAUGUGAUCAUCUCAUAUUAACAUAUCAGUGACUAGAAGUUGUCAGGUGUGACUAGAGCUAAGGUUUGCUGACGGCUGACUGUGAAUUCAAAAAGGAAACUUUUUUAAUGUAUUACUGCACAUUACUCAAUACAGUUGAAACUAUUAGCUGAAGGCAAAAUAAAAGCAUUUUCUAUUUUCUAAAUUUUACAUAGCUAGUUUUUUAUUAGGGAGGUACGAACAAAAAGUCAAACCAGACUAAACUGGCCUGCAGUCAGAAGUUGUAAGGGCCCAGAACACACACGGAGUGCAGUUUCUUCGAGGCUCCAGUUCCUGGAAACCGAGAAACAUACGGCUCCAUAUGUUCCCAUUCUGGAUUUUAAACCUGGUGUUUCAGAUUGGUCAUUGUUCGUUGGCCCCUACUUUUCAGCCUGUUUUUAAAAUAAGACAAGUGCUAUAUAUCCAUUCCUUGGUCAAAUAAUUUCCUUUUUGUUCUGUUUUCAUUUUGAACGAAAGUUCACUUAACUGUAGAAGGUUUGGUUGUACUUCAGCUUGCAGGCAUCCUUUGGAUAAGCUUUCAACCGCCUCUUCAUAUCUAUUUGUGCACACAAUUAAAUGAUCAUUUUUAUAGUAACUAAAUGUUACAUUUUGGAAUUUGCAUCAGAACUUAGAGGAACAAAAUGUUUGGAUCUGACAGAUCUAAAAGAGACAACUUUGCCAAUUUCCACUUCCCCAGAAGUAAGGUUCUAAUUAAUGCCAAUUAAAAGAUAUUUACUCUUGCGGUGAUCUCAGAUCUAAUAGUCAUUUUCCUUAUAAUUAGUUACCAUCACUGCAGUACCAUUUUAAAGCAUUUUUCUGUUUAUAGAUGGUUAUAAACUUUAAUCCAGUAUCAAAUUUGUUGCAAAGAAAUGUUAUGUUGCUUUAUUAUCACUGUUUUGCUUAAGCAAUGAGUUCACAGCCUAUUUGCUGAACGUCUCCCUCCAAGAUAGAAGAUUUUUCUCAGUGCUCUAGAGGUUUUGUUAUAUCUAAUACUAGGGCACUGUCCAACAAGACUAUGUAAAAUAGCAUUGCUUUUUUUAAAACCUUAGACUUCUGGCUUUUUGGAAAUUGGUGUUCAUUAAAUGACAGCUGCAGGCACGCGGGAUUGCCAAGUAUAAUAGGAUUGUUCACUGUGCGGACUGAGUGUACCUUCUGUUGCAUUGACUGAGGCACGCUAACCAAGAAAUGGAGGUUCCCAGUGACACUACUGUACUCAGAUGGACAAUGGUGUAAGAAGGUUAACAGCAAAUGGGGUGGGUAGGUGGCUGAAUACUGAUUGUCAGAUUCAAACUUCGUGCUCGUUUGUAAUCUAGUUGCCCACAGAACUAGCAACCCGAGUGACUUUGUGACUAGUUCUUUAAUGUGUUGUAAAACAUGAUUAACCAGAUACAGUGGAUUCCAGUUAUUUGCGGCACAUCGGAACCAGUACGUUUUGGCCCAGUUAGACAAGUUUCAUGGAAGUUACAUAUUUAAAUGAAAUACAGAACAAAUUAGAUCUCUACCAUUACUACCACAGUACUAUAAAACUGUGCAUUAGUUCGUAGUAGUUUAUCGACAGGGGAAUUCAUCCAGUGUAUGCAAUAAACAAAAUCAGUGCAGACAAUGGACUGCCUUCAUACAAUGCUUUCAACAAUUACAUCCUCUAAAUCUUCAUUUUCAUUGGAGCAUUCAAUAUGAUUGUCAAUAUCUUCAAGUUCUUUGUAGCUUCUAACAUGUUGGAGCAGUGAAAUCAUCUCAUUUUCACUUCUGCAUUUCUGGCAUCUCCAAGCCUGAAUGCUUGAAACCACAGUGAGCAAAACAGUUCUGAAUUGUCUUGCUGCUUAUUUCUCACCAACUAUUAGUGACAAAAAUCACUGCUUUUUGAACAGAAACACAUGCAACUAACAUAAUUUUAUAACUAUUCAGUCUAAGCUGAGUGUAGCAUCUAAUGGCCACAGAAAUGUACAUGACUGAUGCUAGUUAGAACCUGUUCGACUAAUCUCCUGUCCCAAUUAAGUGGCAUCAUGUCCCAAAGGAAUGAAGGGAAAGCGGGCUAUUUUUUUAAUUAGUUUUUGUUCUUAAAGAAUAGGCAGCUGCCUUGAUUAACUGACAGCCUAAUUAACCGGAAUCCACUGUAUUUAGUUUGUAAUGGUUUUCCACAUCUCCCAAAGUUGAAAUUGAGGGAAAUUUUGUUUCUUUUUUUAUCAUUUUGUGAAUGUUUCCUUACCUCAAGUUCAGUACUCUUAAUGUUACCCCCACGGGAUAACUGCUAUCCACUUUCAGCUUCUGUUGCUGAGGAAGGCUUCCAAAAAAUGAAGCAGAUAUUUAAAAAAAUGCGUAUCAUAGCCAUGGAUUCAAUUCUAGAUGCUAACUAAACAAAUCCUGCUUCCUGUGAAGUGGUUCAGUAAAAAUUAUUAUCUCCUUGGGUUUGCUAAGUUAGCGUGGAAUCUCAAAACAAGCUGGUCUAGUCCCAGUCUAUAAUGAUGCUGGUUUGCUAAGCUAACAUAGCCUGUGUUGCUGCUAGGAUAAUGGCGUCAGUGUUGCAUAAAUUAAUUUGCUUGGUUGUUAUCCCUACAACACUAGAAAAGAAGUGUUAUUUUGAUUAUUACCAGAGUCAGUAUUCUAGAUAUUCUGCCCUUUUGGAAUAAUGCUGAACAAAGCUUCAGCUAAUUUUAACCACGUAGACAAUCUGUUAUGGUGGCCCUUCUCAGUUUCAGAUAUUUAUUGCAGUUAACGGAUUGUCUCAACUUUGUUUACUGUUUGCCAUGGGUUAAUUUAGUUAUCACCUAGUUAUGUUGCUUUUACCAUGUUCUAACUAAUACUUUAGAGUUGAAGCACAAAUCGACUUUAACAGUGACAGGAAAUGUUGGAUCUACAUAUCAGAGAGCAUUGCAAGAGAGAAAUUGAUUCAUAUUGAUGACCUUCCAUUAGAACUGGGAGAAGUUUGUGAACAACUAUUUUUGAGCUGCAGGAGAAAGGUUUUCUGAAUCAGUUCUCCCUCUACAAUUACUCCCUGACUAAACCAGUAAUUCCAGUAUUUUCUGGGUAUAUUCCAAAUUUCCAGCAUCUGCAGUUUUUUUUUGUUUUUCAAGCAAACUCUCAAUGAUUUUUGCCCAUAUUAUAAUAGAAACAAUGCCUUCAAAUAGUGUUCUUUUGCAUGAAGUUUUAAAGGAGCUUCUAGCUCAUGUCUUAAUGGAUUAAGAUGUCAGAUACAUGUCAUACAUAUGUUAAUACGGGUCUUCACAGCUUACAGCAGGGUUCUGUUCCUGAGAAUUGUUCGGCUUUCGAACAGUUCACAAGCUGGCAAAUGAAGUACCUACAUGGUGAAGAUGCCAAUGGAGGUGGGGUGCCCCUUCAGAAUAGAUAGUCCAGAGAAGCAUUUUAAAUCUCACUUAAUAAAGUUGGUACUAACCCCAGCCUCUCUUGGGCUAAUAAUGAUACCCUUUUAAAAGAAUUUACUGCAGCCAAGCUUUUCUAACUCACUAACAGUUUUUAAAAAAAAAUUACAUUGUUGCUGGCCUGGGCGUUGUGUCUCGAGAUAAGAUUCACAAAAUGGACAUCAGUGUAUUGACGCUAGAAUGUAUUUUUCAUGGGUUCGAUGUGGCAAAAUUCAAGCUACUGUCAGGACGUCACCCAAAGCACCAGGUGAGCUGGAAAAUCCAUUCUGCUGGUCUACGGGCUCUUCAUAAGUUGGGUGUUGGUAAGCUGAGAGAACCUGUAAUUGUAUUUUGUAUCUUCAGGGACACUAAAUUUUGAAGUCACCUUAAAUAGACUUGAAAAGAAAAAUGUUUGAAAACAGAAUCCUACACAUUAGUCGGUGGGAUGUGACUUACACAAUGUGAUUGGGUGAUUUGUAACUUCUGACUGUGCAGUUCAUAAGGUACAAAUUCACUUAUGGAGCUUAAUGAAAAUUGCAAUUUGUAAUUGGAGCAGUUGACUUCUCUAUAACUUCAAAAGCAUUAAUAACUAAUUGACAGCAAUGUCCAGAGUUAAAAUAUAACAUGAAUUAUAUUUUGUAGACUGGAAGCAUGUACCUUGGGAUAUGAACAGCAUUAAGAUCAGAGUUAAAUCUAAAUGUUCAUUAUAGUUCUUUGAAUUAAAAACUAGAACAUGUAUAUUUUCAUCAAAAUAUCUUAGGAUUAUUGCAUUGUUUAAUGUGAUAAAAUCAUAAGUAUUAACUCUAAAUCUAGAUGGUGAUUACAGUCAGUAUUUUUAGCUGCAAAUGGUAUUUCCAGUUUGAAAGAUUUAUCAACAAAAACCUGCAAUAAUCAGCUCCACAUCUCCUAUCAAACCAUGACCGGUAUCCGGUGAGAGAUGAUUUAUGAACAAAAUUGACUUUUUAACUAACUACAGUAACUUACAAUUAAUUUUUAAUUUUAUUGAAGUUUUGGUUUAAAAUUAAGUGAACCACUAAAUUAAGCAAUAAUGCAUUUUGAUCACCAAGUGAAUUCAGACAUAAUUUGCUAUUUAUUCUGUGGGACCUUGUAAUUCAAGCAGUUGACCACCUGAAUGGUUGUCUUCAUUAACAGUUCUCUUGAUCGAAUCAGAAUUAUCAGUCAUCUAUAUCGGCUGUAAUUUUGUAUUUCCAACAAGCCACAUCAAAAUAGCUGGAAGGGUAAAAAAUAUCUGGCUCAUCGUUAAAAUAUACAAGUAGUUUUAUAAGGUUAUUUCUGGAUUAACUACUCAAGUUAUUUUUGUAGUGCUCAUUAAUACACAAACCUCCAGACAGCACACAGAAUAAAUCUGUUCGUUCCUCCGAUUUAGGACAAAAUACCGUUCUUAUUUAAGGCAUUAUACUGAGCAGAAUUGCACCUUGUAGAAUAUGUUUUUGAAUGCAGAGUACUGAACAAAGUAUUCUUUAAUUAAGUGCUGCUACAAGCCAUGUGCCUGGCACUAAUACAGAUCUCAUUAUUGAUGACCCACUGAUGGAAUUCUUUUCCUCUCACCUGUCACUGUUUGUUCCCAGCAUUCAAAAACAGGAAGGGACUUCAAGAUCAUGAGCUACUUGACACUAAUGCACAAAAAUCAACAAAUCACUAAUAAUGCUUCCGUAACUUUCCAAUGAGCAGCCGUGUAGUAGUUGCACAGAACUUGACAAUGGUGCAUUCAUUUUCUUUUCAACUUUCUCAAAAGGCAGACAAAACAACAAAAUCAUUCAAGAUUAUCAGCUUUAUGCCACUGAAACCUGCUUAGAGGUAUCACCUUUCUGGCUGAGCACAAGAAAGUUAAAGAUUGCCUCUAAUGGCUGAGGGUGGAGAAUUAAGUGGACUUAGAGUAUUUGGUCUUGAGAAGGUCCAAGUAUGUUUAAACAAAAAUGUGACCUGGACAUAUCUGUAAAGGUGCCAUAUUCACGUGGGGCCCUGAAGUCAUUUGGGUUCUGAUUAUCUAGUAUUUCAAAAAUAAAGUUGGUACCUUUAACUGAAAGAAGUGCUUGCUAGGGAAUGUCAUAUAAAAUUAGAAUUAGAUUUGAUUGUGUAAAAUUCCAUAUUUAGGAAUAUAGGAAUAUUUAAAUUGGCCAAUAUUUAGGAAUGGUUGCUGGAGGAUUUAUUGGAGCUAAAAAUGCCUUUUUAAAAAAUUUGUCACCUAUUAGAGCAGAAGUUCCCAGCAUUUGUUAUGCCAUGGACUCCUACCAUUAACCGAGGGGUCUGCAGACCCCAGAUUGGGAACCCCUGCAUUGGAGUUAGUCCGGGACCAAUGGGACAGCAGGCUGUUAGAGUGAAAUGCAGUAUUAUAAACUAAUAAAUACAAUACGUAUGUUGAGAAUGAAAAAUAAAUUAUUUCCAGACAUAGCGACUGCAGUAAUAAAAUCAGGAAAUAAUUGAGGGCAGGAACUUAGGAAACAGAAACAGCAGUAAUAGCUUUAUAUCAAAACUAUUAUUUUGUUUCUGGCAUCUGUUAUAAAUGACAAAACAAAUCAAACUGUUGUAUUGAGGAGCUGCAAGUGACUGGAUGCUGUACUCUGCAGGCAAAACCAAACUGCUACAGGAACCCAGCGGGUCAGGCACCAGAGGAAUGCUCGAUGUUUCUUGCUCAGGAGGUUGUGUUGGCCUGGCCUGUCCUAGUGUGUUGCGGUGACUAUUAGCCAUCACAGUAGCGUGACAGUUAGUACAACUCGGGGCAUUGGAGUUCAGUUCCUGCACCCUCUAUAAGGAGUUUGUGCGAACUCCCCAAGGAAAGCAUGAGUUUCUUCCCACAGUCCAAAGACGUACCAGUUAGUAGGUAAUUGGUCAUUGUCAAUUGUCCUGUGAUUAGGCUAAGGUUGAAUUGGGGGUCGCUGGGUGGCUCGGCUCGACGGGCCGGAGAAGCCAAUUCCAUGCGGUAUUUCAAUCAAUAAAUAAAUAAAUAAACUGCAAUCACAAUUGUAUAGUAAGUAAAAACAUAAGAUUUGUGCAAAGAUCCCAUAGGCGACAGUAAAUGAAUGGCCAGUUUAUCUGUUGUUAAUGGUGUUGACUGGGGGAGGGAUGUUGUUCAGGACACCAGGAUAACACCACUUUCUUCCUUGAAAUACCCUGGUAAGUUGCUCUUUCAUAUGAGCUGGCAGGGCAUUCAGGACAGGAUUGGUUUAAAGGCUCUCAGACGGUACUUUGAAGUGAGAGACUAUGGUGACGUUUGAGGGAGAGUGAAAGAGUUACUGCUGAGCCAGGUAGAUAAUAAUUGCACUGAUAUAGAUAGGUGUAUGACAGUACACAAUAAUGCACCACACUCAACUUUAGCACUGAUUUUGUCAAGCUUUGCAUCUUCUACAAGAGGGUUGCACAUAACAGUACAGCACUGGACAGGCCAUUCAGCAAUCGCAUUGUGCCAAUCUUGAAGCCAGAUUAUACUGAGUAUCUCCUGUGUUGCAUUCAUAGCCUUAUAAUCUUUUUACAUUCAUCUGCCUAUCCAAAAGCCUCUUGAACUCCUCCAAACUGCCCCUUUUAACCCAGUCAGGGCAUCUACCACUCUACACAAAACUCCUCCCCUCUAACCUUAAAAGAUGUCCCCUGGUGUUUGACAUUUCUGCCGUGGGGAAAAGAUUCUGACUGUCCACCCUAUCUUUGCCUCUCAAAAUGCUUUUAAAAAAAAAAACACCAUCAGGUUGCCUCUAAACCACUGCUGUUCCAGAGCAGGGGUUCCCGAACUUUUUUAUGCCGUGGGCCAAUACCGUUAAGCAUCGGGUACGUGGACCCCAGGUUGGGAACCCCUGCUCUAGAGAGAACAACCCACGUUUGUCCAAACUUUUAGCUCAAACCCUCUAAUCCAGGCAGCAUCCUGGCAAACCUCUUCUUUCCAGUGAAGAAAUGUGUUGGAACAGCAGCACUCCCUGGUACUUUGAAUCUGUUCUGCAGGUACAUGUAUAAUCAUCCUUUUGGGUGGAUUCUUUCACCUUGCAAUUGUGUUAUGUUUCUUAAUGGAGCUACUUUAUAGCACCUUUAUAGAAAACUUUUAAACAACCAUGUGUAUUAUCUAACACUGAUGACUAAUUGUUGGAUCUAUGCCAGAGCAUUGAAACUAAUCUUCCCAUUUCCCCACUUCCUGAUUCUUUCCUUCUUUUAAAAAACACACACACACAGUGCUAUCUUCUUUAGUCAUUCCUAGGGGAAAGUAUCAAGUUGGAGGUCUUCGUCUCAUUUAGAUCAGCAAACUAUUACUUCAGUAUCUUCACAGAGUCGUAAUGGCACAGAAGCAGGUGCUUUCGCCAACCCUGUUCAUGCUGACACAUUGCUACUAAUCCCAAACCACACGCACAAAAUGCUGGAGGAACUUAGCAGGCCAGGCAGCAUCUACGGAAAAGAAUAAAUGGACGACGUCCUGAGGAAGGGUCUCGGCCUGAAAUGUUGACAGUUUUCUCUUUUGUGUAGAUGCUGCCUGGCCUGCUGAGUUCCUUCUGCACUCCAUGUGUGUUGCUUUGGAUUUCCAAUGUCUGCAGGUUUUCUCAUGUUAUACUAAUCGCAAUCUUUGGUUGCAUACCCUGUGAAAGUGACAGUUCCACGAGGUGCACUGCCUGAGAUAUCAGUGUUUUAGAGCCUUAGCUUGCAAAGGAAAGUGAACUGUUUAAAUCAGUAUACGUUUUACAGACGGUGGUAAGUCCUUUCCAAAACACUGCCAGCCGUUAUCACUGUUGAAGUAGAAAAAUGACACAGUAAUCUGAUAAUUUUAACAUUGCCCUCUACACAUUUUCUGAAAUUAAUAGGAUUCUGUAUGCGUCAGUGAAAUGCCAUUUAAAUGAUUAAAAUGAUAACCAUUUAGAUGCACAAUCAGAACCAUGAAAACUUAACUGAAUUACGUUUGUAUAGUGUUUCUGUUCAUAAGUAGCACUUUUUUGUUAAAAAGUGAAGUUAAUUAGUUAAAACAGAAAUAGUUUAUGUACAAUUAAUUGAUUUCAUAUGGGGUACCAGUAGGUUUGGUAGAAGUAGGCUAAAGGCUUGUACCAACAAGAGUAAGUUGUAAGCAACACACACAAAAUGCCGGAGGAACUCAGCAGGCCAGGCAGCGUCUAUGGAAAAGAGUGAACGGUCGACGUUUCAGGCCGAGACCCUUCACCAGUCCUGAAGAAGGGUCUUGGCCCAAGACGUUGACUAUUUAUUCAUUUUUAUAGAUGCUGCCUGACCACUGAGUUCUUCCAGUAUUUUGUGUGGGUUGCUUUGUAUUUCCAGCAUCUGCCAAUUGUUUUUUUGUGUUUGCAAGAUAUAGAUACUUGCUUCUGCUUGCUAUGCAAUGUAUUAUUAGCAAGCACUAAGAGAAAGCUUAGCAGCUCCAACAAGAUGAAAAAUGAUAAGUGGAAAAUAAAUUUAACACAGAAUAAUUUUGAAAAUAACUAUAAAAUUUUCAGUGUCUUGCUCUUUUUGAUUAAGGUUGGAUAGAUAUUCAAGAAAAAAAUCUUGAAAAUACAGGGAAGAUUAGGGAGGCUGUGACUGUUCUGUUGGGUUUAAUUCUCUAAGAAGUUCUCAGCACUCUUAACUUCAAGUUUGAAAAUGCCUCUUUUUAGAAGAUGGAAAGCUGUGAAACUACUGUGCACUUCAACUAUCAUUCACCAAACAGUUCAGCUUUGUGCACUUUAUUUUAUUGGGAUAAAUACACUGUAUACCAGAAUCACACUUUGUGAAUUGUAGGGGAAGAGUGCAAAACAAUUUUAACAACUCAGUUUUAUUCUAUUUAUCACUUAAGAAAAAAAUUCAAAUGUACUUUUUCCAUUCCCAAAUGUUUCCUUUCUGAGUGUUGACGACAUUAGGGUAGGUGAAAUAAUAUCUCUGUACCAGUGUGGGAAAUCUGCUUGCUAAUACGUCCAUUGUGCACAGCUGCCACCUUGCCCUCUCAAAUAAAAACACUUCUCUGGAUCUUUAGGCUCUUCAGCAGCACAGACUCAACAUUUGGCUCAAAAUAGUCACCUAUGAGCAAAUGCACCACAGUGGUCUUUUCAUUUAGUUAAAUGUGCCCAGAUGACUUGUAUCAGACUUACAUCAGUGUGAUGUUUCUGCUCCACUUCUGGCACAAGUGUGGACAACAAUAAAAAUAUCCUUCCAGGACAAACCAGCUUUCAUCUCAACCUAUCCAGUCUACUGAUUCUAUUAGACGAGCAUUCUUCCGAAUUGGUACUUAGAAUUAUAGAAACAGGCCCUUUGGCCCUUCUAGUUUGUGCCAAACCAUUUGAAUUGCCUACUCCCAUCAGCCUCUUGAGUGAAGAAGAUUCCCUUCAUGUUUCCUUUAAACUUUUCACCUAUCACACUUAACCCAUGACUUCUGGUUGUAGUCCCGCCCAACCUCAGUGGAAAAAGCCUGCUUGCAUUUUUACCCUGUCUGUACCCCUCAUAAUUUUGUAUACCUCUGUACUUCUGAUGGAUCAACUGGGGAGGCCCUAGUUGUUGCAUUUAAGUAAUCAUAAAUGUUUUAAAGGGUCUCAGGGUCCCCUAUUUGUAGUUGAUAUGUACUUUGUAUUAAUUUCUAUAAACUUCCUGCAAAUCCUGGCCCAUUGUUCCAAAACGCUUAUAUUCACAGAAGUAUACAGAUUACAGCUGCUGCCAUCUUGUUCUCUAUGGCUAGGUGACCAGACAAAUGCAUAUUAUUGUAGUGAGUGGGUGAGUCUUAACUGCUCCGUUGGGUUCAUUUUGAUAACACCUACCCUCUCAAAAACUCCAUAAGUUUGUGAAUUGCUUAUUGAUUUUCACAGAUAAAAUAAUCAAGUUUUGAAUCGCCUUUAUGGGUAGAAUCUUAAAAAUGAGAACAUGCAUUUUCCACUAGAAGUGCCUCCUUUAUUCUCGUAAGCUCACUUUAGAGAGCAAGUGCUUCAUUUACACACUGGAUCUCUUAGCCAGUUGACCACGGUGAUUGUCAGUCUAUCAAGUUGCAGUUGUUCUCAUUCUUCAGUUCGGUUACAAUCAACCAGUUUUGGAGUUCAAGAAACAUUUUUCAAAUGUAACUUAUUCUUUGUAGAAAUAUACCUGUAUAUAGUAGAUGGUGGCAGUAAUCCAUUUAAAACUCUGAUCAAUUGGAAAGAGGAGGGGAGUGUGACUGGAUGACUUGACUUCACUUUGGGAGUCUUCACAGUACGUCCAUUUCAUAUCAUCACAUCAGAGAUUCAGAAUGGGACUGUAGGAAAAGUGGGGCCAGGUUAACUGUCUAAACUACUACUUGGAUUCAAAGUACUUCGGGAUUUACUGAGAUUGUGAAAGACUGUCUUAGGUAAAGUGUUUGUUUUGAGAUCUGGGAUACAGUGGUUUGAAGAUGACAUUUAUGUUUCUUGAAAGGUGGGCUUAAAGUUUUAAGCCAGGAAUACCAUUUAUUUAAGAGACAUACUCAUUACCAUUCAUCGGAAUAGCUUUUUAUAUUGUUAAUACAUUAGUUAUCCAGUCGUUGUGGAAUGACUGCAUUGACGUGCAUUCAAUGUUCAUGAUCAUGAUAAAACUUAACAUUUCAAAUUCAUGAGCAAGUUGUAUCUACAACAGAAGUUGUGGUUUACAAAUGUAAACCAAGACUUAGAUCUACCUGUAUUAAUUAACAAAGUAUGCUUUGGAGUAGAAGUUGUGGACACCAAAAUGUGUUCUUUAUCCGAACUCGUGUAACCAGUCCUAAUAAAUCAAGAGCUUUCAUGCUGUGAAUGGUUAAGUAAAAUUACUACCAACGAUGUAGAUCGAGGCAAUUGUUUGUAGUGCUCUGUCAAUGUGGAUGUAUUUAAAGAAAUUGUGGAUGGUGGUGAAAUUUUAAUGCUAGUCAUCUAAAUUUUUCUCAGUUUAAAUUGCUUCAUUAUUUUGUUUCUUAAUGUAUGAUAUGAGUUUUUAAUUUUAGGUGAAAUUUUUACAAAUAAUUACCAUAUUCAUUUCUUUGUCCUGCCUAAUUGAGAUGGAUGAUAGUGUAUUACAAUAGAACCCACAUCAAAAUUUGAUAAUUUAUUACAGAUGUGGAGAUAAAAACCAAUUAAGAAAAAUCUAACGGAGUCGUUGAACCAUGAUUUUUUUUUUAAUUGCACUAUUGGUCAAUAGAAAAGGUACAGUAUUAUUCUAUCCAAUCUACCAGAUUGCAAGAGAACUCAUUGUACUGUGAGCAGUGUUUUGCACGUGACUUUGUAUCCUAUUUCACUGUCUAGUUAUUUAAAAGACAAACUUGGGUUGCUCCCAGCAAGUAAUUUCUGUGAAAGACUUCAGUUAAAUGUAUAACAAAGACAGGUUUAAAUUCUAUAGUUUAGCAAGAUAAAUAUGUAUAUACACAUACAAACUCAGUGCUGCCCACAUCAUUUUCUUGGUCUGAGGAGUUGAUUCACCAGUUAGCCAGUGUAAAUGUCAUAUUUCUAAAGGUGUAUAAAAAUGGUCCAAGUACAUCUAAUUAUUGUAAAUAUUUUUUAAAGCACUUUUUAAAAAGAAAUUACUUUUUGUACUCCAGUAUGUUUAGUGUAUAAAACUAGCUCGGUUGCAUAUUUAAGAGAAUUAUACAAAGGAUGUAAUUACACUGCCCACAGCACAAUUAGCAAUGUCCUCGGAGACCUCCUCAUUGACUGGGUUAGACCAGCUUCUCAGUGCAGCUUGAAGCAAAACAGAAAAUGUAUAAUUGUGGCUUCUGUGAAAAUGUCUAGGGGAGCAUUUUUUUUUCUGCAUAGUUUACAAGCAUUAUAUGUAAUUUUGAUGUAAGUUACUUUUAAGUAACUUUUUGAAAUACUGUACACUGUAAUAUCAUUACUGUUAAAAAUAAUUUUUAUGCACUGUAUUUAAGUAACUUUUCCUUUAUCUAGUUCCAAGGAAAUACAGGACAUCUUGUAUCUGUUUAACUAAACGUAAGAUUCUACAAAAAAAACUCUAAUUAUAGACCUAGUAGUAUCCAUUAAACUAAUGUAGCAAAACAUGUUUGGAAACUUUUUUCUGUUAAGCUUGUACUAAAAUUCAGCAAUGCCAACUAUGAAUGUGUAUUUACUAAUUUGUUGACAAAUCUACUGCCAUAUUAGUUAAAAGUUCAGGUUAUUUUUCACUUAAGGGCACUUCGUAGUGUCAAUAUUAUGUCCAGAGGUUAACUGUAUCUACAUAUGUACAAAAAUAUGCAACAAAAAAUUGACCUACUGAACUAUCAGCUAUUGAUGUGACUAUAUAUUGUGGAAUUUAUAAAAGUAAUCAUGUUCUGUUUCCUACUUUUUUUUCAAAAUACACUCCCCAACCCUGUAAAUUGUUCUUUUACCUCCUUCAGUUGGAAACGUAGGUUGGCCAACAGCAGGUUUCUAUGAUGAUGCCUAUGCUUCUCUCUACUUGGCCAUCAGGUGUACUUUUUGGGCAUGGUUGAAAUAGUAGGGUUGGCCGGCACCAGUUUAAUUACCUUUUGUUAAUGUAACUGUAAAGCAUUGCACCUAGUGGUUGAGAUGAGAACUGAAGUUGGUCAUCAGAGGCUUGGCUGUGGAUUUGACUGCAAGCUGAGCACUUGAACUUAAACCGAAGAUGAAAGAUCAAAACCACAGAACUAUAAACCAAGCAUCUGACACUACAGGGACAGGAUCACAGUGCUGAUCAUGCAGUGCAUGGUGGCACAGCAGUGGAGUCAAAUGCCUUUCCAUAUAGUCUGUCCCAGGAAAGUGACGAGAAAUAAGAGGAAAAGGGAAAAGUAAAAGAAAUUGGUUUAUCUGUAUCUGUGCUUGUGUAUCCCAUCCUUUAUUGUGUUCAUACAUAUGCUUCCAUAUGUAUAUAAUUUGUAGUUAAUGGUCUGGAUUAGUGCCUUUUGACAGUAGACUGUUAUAGAACCCAAUUUAUAGUUUUUGUAUAUUUUCAUUAUUGAAUUUUUGGUUAGCUCAAAUUUUCUUUACCCCAAUAAAGCAAUAAAUAUGUUCAAA